AUGAACGUGCCGGCGUCGGUGUCGGCCGCGGCGUCCGCCGAGUUGCACUUGAAAAUGUGCAAGAAGGUGGCGCAGCUCACGAAGGUUAUCUUCCAGCUCAACACUCGCAACGAGGACUAUCAGGCAGAAGCGGAAUAUACUCGAACAGCGCAUACCGCUGAGCUACAGAGACUCACACAGGAUGCCGCCGACACUAUGAGGACGUUGCAGGGCAAAUUGCAGACCCAAGCGGCCACUGCAGCCCAACGAGAGCGUCAAUAUGUGUCGGAGAGGCAGAAAUACAUGAACGAAGCGCAGCAGCAGCAGCGACGGUCUCAAGCCGGUCGCGCGGCCGCAGAGGAGGCAUUCCGAGCCAAAGUGACGGAGUUCGAGACGCAAGUGCUCGAAGCUCAACGGGCGUUCGAUGAACGAAUAGAGCAACUCACUCAAUUAGCCUUAGAGAAGGAGGCACAGCGAGUAUUGAGCUCCCAGGAAGAGAGCGUCGCGCUAGAGGCGCGAUUGGAGGAGAUGAGGCUGAAACACGCGGACGAAGUCGAGCGACUCGUGACGACCUCUAACGCCAAGCACAACAAGAUGCUGGCCGAGCAAUUACGGGCUCAAGACGCUCUCAAGGCCGAUCUGGUUAGCGCUAAACUCGACUUUGACAAGCAGAAACAGGAGGUUAUAGCGGAGCUUGAACAGCAACGAUUGAAACAAGAAAUGAGUGCUAAAACCAGUUUCGACACGAUGAAACACGAGUUAGUGACUAAAAUCGAGGUGUUAUUGGUCGACGCUGAAACUUUACGUGGUAGUGAGACGAAACUUCGAGACGAAAAGGAAAAGUUAGUGAGAACUCAACAAGAAGCUGCACGGACGAUAAAAGAGCUAGAACUGGAGCUUUCGAAAGCUCAGCAAGACGCGCAAAGUGUGCGGAGAGAUGCUUCGGCUCACUCGGAGGAGUUGCAGCGCAUGCUUGCGGUCAGUACGGAUAAAAUCGACGAGCUAGCGCAGGAGCUCUCGACGCUUAAACAUACUUUACAGACUCGGGAUCGAGCGCUAACGCAGGCUCAGAAAGACCUGGAGACGGCGCAGCUAGAGACGAAACAGCAGAACGCCAAUGCAUCCGAGCUUCACGCUCAGUUGAAGCUGCAGCUCCAAGAGCACGAACUGCAGCUCGCAAACAGUAAAAGCGAGAUUCAACUCGCGUUUCAGCAGGUUGAAACCGGUAAAAACCGGAUUCUAAAGCUGGAAACUGAGCUUACAGCGGCGUUAAAGUCGAUCGCUGAGUUGCAGACAGACGGCGCUAACGAUGCUCUAACGAGAUCGAAAUUAGCGCAAGAGCUGGAGCGUGCACUGAACGAUGCGAAACAAGCCACAACUAACCAUGAACACGUGAUAGAGGCGUUAAAACAGACCCACGACAGUAAAAUCCAGCAGUUAAUGAGCUCUCAUACUCACGAAAUGGAGACGCAACGCUCCGCAGCGGCGACGCAGCUGGAACAACUAGAAAAGAGCCUACGAGAGGCCUCAGAGAAGUCUUCGGACGAGAAGAUUACGGAGUUUAAACGAGAACACCAGCGAGUUGUAGAUGACCUCGAAGCUGCGUCGAAAACUGCGCAGAAUAAGUUUCGUGACGAAAUCGUCCAGCUAGAGUUACAGACCAAGUCGUUACAGGACCAACUUACAGCACAGACGUGUCAGCUUACAGAAUUGCAGAAGAAACACGAAGAUUUGACGCGACAGCUUGAGAGCUCGCAACAGCAAGUUUUAUCACUGCAAUCGACUAACGAAACGCUCCAAUUAUCCACUUUAAAGUCCCAAAAAGAACGAGACGAAGCGCACCGGAAGCAGAUCCGAGAGCUUGAAGCGCAACGAGAAAACUCUGUUAACUCCCUAAUUGCAGAUAGGGACCAACUAGAGCUCCAGCACUCUAAAGCUCUUCUGCAAUUGGCUCAGGAGCACGCUACGGCGCUGCAAUCUGCCACGGAACAACUUGAAGCGCAGCGAUUGAAAGAGCUUGCGACACAAGAACAAACACUGCGUGAGGUGUACGAGCCACAGCUUUUAAAGCUUCGUGAAGACAUUGACAGCUUACAGCGUGCUCUUGGAGAUGCAUCAGAGGAAGCGACGGAAACGAAAAGGUCCAUGGACGAGACCAGACUCUUUGAACAAGAGCAGCUUCGAAGCGCUAUCGUUCAAGUUGCUGACCGUACAGCAACUGAACGCUCUAUCGCAGAAUCGGCAGCUCGACAGGAACUAGAGACGCUCCAACUGAGGCACUCUAACCACGAAUUAGAGCUGGAAAUCCGGUUUACGGACGAGAUGAAGGCCCAACUCGCGACUCUACAGGCCAAGGCUGACUCGGAUUUCGCACGUCUUGUAGCGGACCAUCGCCAAGAACUUCAACGGUCAGCUCACCAGCACGCUGAGGCAAUCAAACGCAUACAAAACACCUUAAACUCCGCGCAAGAACGAGCGAUCCUGGCCGAAAGAAGCGACGCAGUUAAACAGCUGGCUGAGCUGAGCUCGAAGAAAGACCGAGAGCGGUCGGAAGCGCUGCGAGAAGCUCAAAAUCUACAUGACCAGCAAUACGGCGACUUACGGACUCGGCUAGAGUCCACCGAGGAAUCCCUAACGCGAAAGACUCUGGACUGGGCGAGCGCGAUGCGUGAAGGCCAGACAUUAAGUGCUGCCUUGGCUGCCAAGACCGAAGAGAUGGCAGUCAAAGUCGCAGAGUUAGAGAAGAGCUCGCGGGAGCAAGUGGAGACGCUAAAACUCGCUGCGAAACGCGAAAUGGACCGAUUACUGGAGGAAAAUCUGGCCGAAACGAAGCAACUGAGCGACCAAUUCGAGGAAACUCGCCGUGCUAUGGACGAAAAAGCGGAUUAUCUCAAGGCUGCGGUCGCUGAGUGGCAGGACAAAUACGGCAGACGUGAGAGUCGCCCGGAAGACGUGGCUCGGAUCGUGGAGCUGGAGCGUCUGGUAGUGGAGAGAGACGCACUCGUACGACAGACUCUGGACGAGAUGGCCUACUUCAAGCGGGAACUGCUUAAUCGAGAGGAAAUGUACAACAAAACCUUCGCAAGAACGCCCAAUGUGGGGGUGCUGCAAGUGCUCAAACCUCACGUACAGAUGCAGCAGUCGCUAAAUCCGAUGCAAGCUGCACCACCACCGAAGUCUCGGGGAAAAUCGAAAGCCUUCGACCAGCCACCAGAUCUACAGCGUAGACGCAGCGAGCGUAGUGGCCUCGCUGCUACUACACCUGCAGCACUGCCACCGCUACAUAACAACCAGUUCAGUUAA